AUGGAAGGUGUAGAAUUCGAAGACGCUUCUGUGGGAAAAAGAGGGAAGAGACGCCGACAGAAGAGUGAGGCUAGAGGGUCCAAGAAACGUCUGAAGACGAAACAUAGGGAUGAAGAUGACCCUUCCAUAGUCAUACCAAAAAGACGUUCAGAUCGCGUUUCGAAGAAAGAAAAAACAGUAGAUCAAUUAUGCGAAGAGUUAGGUAUUGAAGAUGUAGAAAUGACAUAUUCAACUGAAGACUUCGAGAACUGGACCAUUCAGAAGUUGUUCGAUCAAUACGUUCGCCCUCUUAUUUCUAACAAAAACCCAAAUGCGUCAAAAGAGGAUGUUCAGAAAGUUUUGGAUGCUAAGUGGAAAGAGUUUGCUAUCAUGAACCCAUAUAUUCCAAAAGGGGAGGAAGAUUUGGAUGAUGAUUUUGAUGACGGAGACACUGAGACACAAGAUGAUGACACUUCAGAUGUCCGCGUUCAAAGCUUAUCUUUCAAAAAACGUAGAGUUGCUGGAAAACAUACAGCCCAGAUAUCUUCAACUGGUUAUGCCACACCGCUUUCUGGGGGUGGUGGGAGUGAAGCCGCAAGCCAGUCUCCUCCGCCUUCACCUGUUCCUGUGCAGGCUACAACUCCUCCAUUGAAAAUACGCAUAAGCAAAAAGAAAAGGAGGCGUGGUCGAAAGAAGGCUGAAGAGCGGUCUGUUGGAGGUCAUAAUACCAGCGAUGAAGAGUUUGAACGUCAGUUAGAAGAAGCUGAACUGGCUCAGGAUGAAGAACGUGACCGACGUAAGCGUUCAGUGAAGCGACCUAGUUCUGGCAGUAGUGGACUUGGAGCGAAGUCAUCUGAUACUAGUUAUCUGUCAACGAAAAUAAGUCAUACUCACCAGAAGACGACUGCGCGAUUUCCCCUUGUUGUUGCAAGAACUGUCGCUAGGAUAGGUGAGGAAGAAGGUUAUGAAACUGAUCAUCAGGAUUACUGUGAAGUUUGUCAGCAGGGAGGUGAAAUAAUGUUGUGCGAUACUUGCCCCCGUGCAUAUCACUUGGUGUGUUUAGAUCCUGAAUUGGAAGAGGCCCCUGAAGGAACUUGGUCUUGUCCUCAUUGUGAAAAGGAAGGUAUCACAUCAGUUUCAAAAGCACCUAAAGAAUGUGAAGAUAGUGGUUCCGAAGCGGCUGUUACAUCAGAUAAGAAUGGUAAAACUGUUUCUGCAGCUCAUGUUCCGUCACCUGAGAAAGACGAACACCAAGAAUUUUGUACUGAAUGUAGAGAUGGUGGUGACCUUAUUUGUUGUGAUAACUGUCCUGCUAGUUACCACAUAGGUUGCUUGAUUCCACCCCUAGCUAAUAUACCCGAAGGAGUUUGGCUGUGCCCACGAUGUGGAUGUAAGCCACUUAAGGGUAAAGUAUCGAGAAUACUUACAUGGAGAUGGUUUGAACCUCCAAAAAAUGGAGAUGAACUUGUUCAUACACAUCAUCAUCAGCAUUCACAAGAACCAGCACCAGAAGAAAUUGGAGAAAAGAAUUUGAAACCUGAAAAUACAUCCGAUGAUAUUAGUACUGUUCCAGACAAUAAUCCAGUGGUAGAUACUAUUAAUCCAACGCCAGUAACAUCAGAAAGACCUGAAGAGCCUUCCACUGACACUGUAGCUGAAUGUGAGUCGAAGCCUGUUGCAGAAAAAACCAAUACUUUGUCAGCACAACAGCAACCUGUUCCAGUGAAACCGAUACAUGUAAGGCGUCCCACAAGAGAAUUUUUCGUUAAGUAUUCCGAUUUGUCAUACUGGCAUUGUGAAUGGUUAACUGAAUUACAAUUGGAUGUUCAUCACCCAAUAAUGCUGCGGAAUUACUUUAAAAAAAAUGAUAUGGAAGAACCUCCACUUCCGGAAGAUGGAAGUACUUACAGAGGACGGGCUCGUGAGAAAGUUGCAGACCCUCAUAAUUUAGAGGAACGCUUCUACAAAUGGGGUGUCAGACCAGAGUGGUUGCAACCACAAAGAAUUAUUGACCAUCGAACUGGCAGAGGAGGCCAGACUUGGUAUCUCGUCAAGUGGCGUGAUCUUCCCUACGAUGAAUGUACAUGGGAAGCUCGGGAUGGAGAAGUUGUGGAUAUGGAUAAGUAUAUUGAAGAAUAUCGAACAAUGCGAAAAGUUUUCAUGGGGCACUUAUGUAGUACUGCUGGACCUGAUGGUUCACUAUCGGUUGUUAGUUUAUGCAAAAGACAUAAACCGGGUCGUCGUUCUUCAAAGGAACUUGCUGCUGAAAAUAUAAGCCCUGAAUUACUCCGUAAAUUACCCCUGAUAGGUGUUUGA